GGCGGGGAUUGGCGCAGCGCGCGCCCCCUCCCCGGCCCCCGCGCGGUGGGAACCGGCAGCCCCGUCUAGCGCUGACGUCAGACCGUCUGCCUGCCUCCGACCGCGGUCUCGGAGCGAAACCCGAUCUCCUUGGACUUGAAUGAGGAGGAGGCGGCGGCGGCGGCGGCGGAGGCGCUCGGCUGCGGGAAGCCAGCAGCGGAGGCUCAGCCCAGGCGGCAGCGCGCGCCCCGGCUGCCGGCCCAUUUCCCGGACGCCACCCGCGGGCACUGCCGACGCCCCCGGGGCUGCCGAGGGGCGGCCGGGGGGCACAGAGGAGCGCGGCCCCGCGCACUGAGUCCCGCGGCGCCCCGGGAACUUGGCGGCGCCCCGAGCCCGGCGAGCCGGGGUGCGCCUUCCCCGCCGCGCGCCUCCUGCAUGCGGGGCCCGAGCGCCGGGCGCCGGCCGGAACCCCCCCCGGCCGCCCCCGUGCCCCCUGCGCCCCGCGCCGCGCCGCCGCGCCGUCCAUGCACCGCUUGAUGGGGGUCAACAGCACCGCCGCCCUCGCCGCCGGGCAGCCCAAUGUCUCCUGCACGUGCAACUGCAAACGCUCUUUGUUCCAGAGCAUGGAGAUCAAACUGGAGUUCGUUGAGAUCACCAUCAUCGUGGUGGUGGUGAUGGUGAUGGUGGUGGUGAUCACGUGCCUGCUGAGCCACUACAAGCUGUCUGCGCGCUCCUUCAUCGGCCGGCACGGCCAGGGCAGGAGGAGAGAAGACGCCCUCUCCUCGGAAGGAUGCCUCUGGCCCUCGGAGAGCACCGUGUCGGGCAACGGAAUCCCAGAGCCGCAGGUCUAUGCUCCUCCGAGGCCCACCGACCGCCUGGCCGUGCCCCCCUUCACCCAGCGGGACCGCUGCCUCCGCUUCCAGCCCACCUACCCGUACCUGCAGCACGAGAUCGACCUGCCGCCCACCAUCUCGCUGUCGGACGGGGAGGAGCCCCCGCCCUACCAGGGCCCCUGCACCCUCCAGCUGCGAGACCCCGAGCAGCAGCUGGAGCUGAACCGGGAGUCCGUGCGCGCGCCCCCGAACAGAACCAUCUUCGACAGCGACCUGAUGGACAGUGCCAUGUUGGGCGGCCCCUGCCCCCCCAGCAGUAACUCGGGCAUCAGCGCCACGUGCUACGGGGGCGGCGGGCGCAUGGAGGGGCCGCCCCCCACCUACAGCGAGGUCAUCGGGCACUACCCCGGGUCCCCCUCGUUCCAGCACCAGCAGAGCAGCGGGCCGCCCUCCUUGCUGGAGGGGACCCGGCUCCCCCACGCACACCUCGCCCCCCUGGAGAGCUCACCCGCCUGGAGCAAAGAGAAAGAUAAACAGAAAGGACACCCUCUCUAGGAAUCCCGGGGCCGGGGCCGGGCAGCAGUGAGUAUAGGAAAAAAAGAAAAAACAGAAAGGCAAAACACUCCGCACUUCCGAAACCAGAAGACAGAGGAGGACCGGGCGGCACCCAGAAAAUGUGGCGCGUAUCCAUCCUUCCCCCCUCUCUCUGUGUAUAAAUAUUUACAUGUUCUGUCUGGUCUGAAUGCACAAGCUAAGAAAGCUUGCAAAAACAAAACAAAACAAAACAAACAAAAAAAAAAACCACGUUUCUUUGUCGAGCUGUGUCUUGAAGGCAAAAGAGAAAAAAGAAAAAAAAAACCUACCCUAGUCUUUUCUGUUCCUAGUUGAGCUGCGUGCGUGAAUGCUUAUUUCCUUUCGUUUGUUUAUGAUGAUUUCACUUAACUUUAAAGACCUAUUUGCACAAAACCUUUGUUUAAAGAUCUGCAAUAUUAUAUAUAUAAAUAUAUAUAAAAUAAGAGAAGUAUUGUGAGGGCAGGAGUAUUUUUGUAUUAGAAGAGGCCUAUUAAAAAAAAAAAGUUGUUUUCUGAACUAGAAGAGAAAAAAAAAAGGCAAUUUUUGAGUGCCAGGUCAGAAAGCGUGUAUUACCUUGUAAAGAAGAAGAAGAAGAAAAAAAAACCACAAAGCAGGGGUUUAGAGUUAUUUAUAUAAAUGUUGAGCUUUUGCACUAUUUUUUAAUAUAACUAUGUCAGUGCUUGUUUGAUGGAAACUUCUAUCGUGUCUGUCGAGACUUUUAAGGGAGAAGCUGCGGAGUUUGGCAGCGGCCGUCUGGCAGAGGGCGGGCUCUGCACGGAGUUGGGGGAGGCUUCCGGAGGGGGCGCUCUUCCUGCGUAAGUGGAAGCUUCUGUCUAGCGAUCGGUUGUUACCGCCUCAUACAUUCCCCACCGGAGGAGACGCAUUUCCCCCUCUGGGCCGGCACAGCCUUUGGAUGGCAGACGAGAUGGGGAAAUCGGUCACCCGGUGCCAGGGUGGUGGCUUUGCCUUGCCCCAGAUGAAAAUAAACUGUUCCUGAAGGAUCUUAGUUUUUCCUCCUGUUUUUUAAGCAUGAGCCCCCUCCCCCUCCCCCCAGGAAGGGGCUGAGGCGCCCCCUUUGCCGCCGCUGCCGCCCCCGGAGCACGUUGCCGGGACCCGCCGGAGAGGUUGGGGUGGCUGCUUUCCGUGCGGACGAUCCGACGGGUCCAGGACUUCUCAGCUGAGGUUGGCGGAGGCCACCGGCAGAUUGGAAAGGCCCCCGAGGAAUUCGACCUCAUCCCUGGC